AUGCCGCGCGAGAGCGACGUGCGACGCGUCGACGUGGAGACGUGCGUCGGGACGUCGUUCACGGUGAGCAUCGACGUCAAGGCAGGGGUGAAAGCGGCGAGGGAAGCUAUUCGACGCAAGCACGAUGAGAAGUACGGCGCGAGGUUCGGCUCAGCCGUCGUCGGCGACUUGCACGCGCUGAGAAUCUUUAGCGGCGUGAAGAAGUGGAUCGACUUGGACGAUGAAUCGAUGAAAUACGAUGCGUUCGAUUCGUUGUUUGCGCAAGUGGAACCCGAGCGCGGGGUGGAUGAAGGGAUCGCGGCGUAUCGCGCGAUGUGCACGCCGGAGGCUUUGGAGGAGAGAAACAGAAAGGUAAACGUGAGCGUGCUGUUGGUGAACUCGCCGUUUAGUCCUGCGAUCUCACCGCUUGCGAGCGCGGGUACGCCGAUGAACUUGAAUACGACGGCGUUUGCGACGACACCGAUGCCCGUGGCAUUGGCGCCGGUAGAGACGCCGAAGGCUUUCGCGAAGCGUGAGACGCCUGCGCUACGCCAGGACGUCGAAAAGGUUACAACGAAAGACACUAAAGCCGGAGACAAACGGGAUAGAGACGCGAGUGCUGACAAAACUGAGACGCAACCGGCGAAACGCAAGCGCGUGGAAGAAGUUCCAGAGGCUAGUCCUUGGGAGAUGGUGGAAGAAAUAGCUCCGGCGCCGGGAGCGGCCUCGGUCAAGCGUAGUACGUCAACGACGUACGACGAAGUCAAGGCAUUGCUCGAUAAAAAUCCUGGUGUGCAGUAUAGCGUCUUCGUAAAGACGUUGCUCGUAAGUAAAGCUUUCAUAAACGCACUGGAACGUUUGAAUAUGGAUACCUUCGACACUCUGGUGAGAACGACGAAUGCCGUGACGCAGCAAAUCGCCAUCGUGCAGUACGAAACCGGCACCCUGAUUUUCAAUGAACUGGGCGAAAAGAUUGCAAAAAUGACCCCUGCCGUAAAUAGGGAAGUCGGCGACUUUCUCGCGGUCGCGCUUCUUAUCGCCCGCCUGUACCGAUCCGGUUACGCACAACAUAAACGCGUGCCGACUUGCCUGGUUGACGGAUUUACGAAACAAAUUCCAAGACACUCAUCUCAAAGGUUUGGCGUCGUCGAAAGAAUGCUUACGCAAGCGAUACUGGGCGAACUCGGGUACGAUGGUGAAAUGCCGAUGUGGCAAGAUGCCGAAGACGGAACAGCGGCGAGCGCGAAAGAGGACGACGAAGCGUCGCUGAGCGGCAAGGCUGAUCUAACUUCACUCCCCGAAAAGGAUGCCAACAACGAGAAGGACAGCGCGAAAGCAGACGAAGCGACGCAACCAAAAAACGUGGAAUCGAACACAGGAGCGAUUAAGUCUCGUUCGAGCGGUAGCUCAUCGUCGAGUAGUAACUCUUCUAGCUCUUCUAGCAGCAGCGACUCAUCGGACUCAUCGUCGAGUAGUAGCUCUUCGAGUUCGUCAAGCAGUAGCUCUUCGAGUUCGUCGCAGAAGACGGCUGAACGCGUGACUGCGACGAGUAGUAAAGCGUUGACGCCGCGCGACAUGACGACCGCGAACGACAAGGUGUUGGAAAAAGUCAUUCGAGCGCCAGGUGGGUUGAGUCGCAUACUCUCUAGCAUAAAUGUUGCCGCCCAGUCGUCCGGCGGCGACUCGUCCAAACAGAGCACGCCAGGAAAGGAUGUUGUGGCGAGUGCGGCGAAACAGACCACAGAACCCGCUGAAGACACAAUUCAAGUCGCCGCAGUCAAAGGCGAAUCAAAGAAAGGCACGGCAAAGGUAAAAAUUACGAUCAAGCGACCCGCUUCGAUCAACUUCGCGGUGAAAUGCAAAGAGUUGUUGGGCGAGUUUUUCAUGAAUGAAAAGGGCGAGUCCAGUAUUCGCAUGCCCGAAGGCGAGACAAUAACUAAGGCCGCUUUCAUGAAGCGGGCUGGUUACCGCGGCACGAAAUGGAAAGAUUUCAUAAUCGAACAAAAGUUCCGUGACGAAGCCGCUGACGAACAAGAAAAGGAGACUGAAUACUCUGUGCGAAUCGGCGAUUUGGUAGAAGCACUUUGCCCGUCGACUUAA